UAUAUUGUGCAUUUAGACAAAAAUUGUCGGCAGGUCGCUGGCCAACUGGCAACUUUGCCUACUUCCGAUGCUAUUUUCUGUUCAAAACAUAUGAUCUCGCAACACUGUAACUAGCAAAUCAAAACAAUAACAUUUUCGCGUUCAGUUUUCCUAUCGUUAGUUUGUGGCAGUAAAUAUUUGUUGGAAAAUAGCCAAAAACAGCAAUUAUGGACGGAACUUUGCAGAACCCAGAGGAAGCUGGCGAGUAUUGCGAUUACGAAGAGUUGGAUUUGGAUGAGACAGGAACAGGUGAAGCUGAAGGAGUUGAAGAUGCUGAUCACUUGCACGAUACCAGCAAGUACGUGUUCUCGUUCACCGGGAUUUUCUUUCAAAGAUUCUACAAAAGCCAAUUGCGCCCCAAGGAAUGGACGAGAAUGGUCAUAUACGGAGACACUGCCACCGAUAUCGUCGAUUGUAUGUGGGAAAUUGCGUUGGCGAAAAUUGAGCGGCAAGUGGUAUUUGAUGAUGUUACCCCUCGAUGGUCGGAGAACGUAAAUCCCACCGUAAAUGAUGCCAACGAAUUUAUUACACUGCAAGACACCACUAAAAAAAAGUUCUACGCGAUUGAUUCACUUACUGCCAGAAUUUUGAGAAGCUGGAAGUGAAAAACGAUGAGAGUUUAUGUGUACGUUUGGUCAACUAAUGUGCAAACAAGUGCUCAACAUCAAGCAAUACUACGUAAGCUACUCUCACCACAAAACACGGACCGUGCUGGAGCACAUUCAGUUCGAGACGAUUCUGCUUUAGCGGAUGAGCUGCGGGACACUCGUACACACCUGGAAGGCCAUUACAGCUCAUGGCUGCUGUGGGCAAAUUUCAUCCAUUCGGCACA